GUGAGUUGCACAGCUGUGGAGUCGAUGUCCACGUGGUAUCGUGAGCACGUGGCAACAGCAGCAGCCGCAGCUUGUGUGUGUCAAGGCCACGGGAGGGCUGCUGGUUCUUGCUGGAAUUCUCACGACUGAUGACGAUUGCUUGUUAUGAAUCCUUGCAGUCGCGAAAGCUUCAAAUCUCCAAGAUAUCAAAAUGGACGAGCAGUGCAUGCAUCAGGACGGUGAGGAGCUGCAGCAGCAGCAGCAGUCUCCAAACAAUCGGAAGGCUCCUUCACUCACCAUGCAGAAUGCAGCUCAGUCUGUGCAGCAGUAUCCUCCUGCCUUGGCAGAGGCAGCAACCCAGACUUGUCAGUCUCCACAGGCUCAGCCAGUUGAGCACACCCCACAAGUGCCUAAGGUGUCCACUUCUGGCAGCAGUCAGCGAGCGAGUGGAGAGGCGGCUUCUGAUACGAACUCCCAAGGCUGCGUGAAAGUGGUGCACGACAUGCUGAUGACUGCAAGCAACUGUGGCAGCAAUUGGCCAUCCGACCAAGAAGACAUAUUUCGCCUCCUGGUGCAUGGGAGAGAACAUUUUGAAAUAUUAAAGAAAAUCAAGGAAAACCUGGAGCUAAUCCGAACGCUGCCCACGGAUGCCAAUGUGUUGCGCAACCUGCAGCAACAACAAUACGUGACGGAAUUGCGUGGCAGGCCGUCCAACCUCAGCCGACACGGCAGCGAGUGUUCACAGGAAGUCUUGGCCGGCAGCCAGGGACCCUCCAGUGCGGGCGAAGGUUCCUAUCAGGUGACGCAAGCUCUCCCUGCUCGGCGCAGCACAUUUCUCUGUACGGAACGUGGCGGCACGCGGUAG